UAAUCCAUUUUACAAACUUCCAAUCAAAUGUAAAACAAUUGACCCAAACAUUAAUUUGAAAAUAGACUUCUUUCAGCAUUCAACCAUCAAUUUAUGUUUGUCAACUAGUUGUCUUUCUAGUUUUCAAAGGCAGGAACCUAAAAAUGUGCUGAAUGUACAACUCUCAAUGAAAUGACAUAACCCAAAUGUUGUUCUAGUUUGCCAGUAGUAGUGAAACAGUUCAUUAUUAAUCUUCUGAUGUACUUCUCCACUUAGUUUCCCUUGCAUUUUCAUCUGCAUUGUCUCGGACUACCCUCCAGCAGACCUAAAAUGUGUUUCUUAGGUUAAAUGGAGACUUUAAAUGGUUCUGAACCGGUUCUGUGAUGAACUGUCCAGGUGAACUCUUCACCUGUCGGCAGCUGGUUGGCUCCAGCAAACCUGUCUUGGAACAAGGAGGUACGGAAAUUAAAUGAAAUUCUAAGAUGUAUGUUCUUAUUGGCUGAUCAUGUGUUAUUAAUACACACAUGUGGAAGAUCUAAAGUCAUCUUGAACCAGGAAAUGAUUCCCAGUGACUGUUUUUAACAACAUUAUUGCAGAUCUGAGGAAGUGAAGAGCUAUAACAAUACAGAAUGGACGCUCACUCUCUUGGCAUGUUUUAAAUAUUUGAAACUAUUUGUUUGCAUGUAUUUGAAAAGUAUGCAUCUAUGAAAUGGGAUUUUUCUUUAUCUAAAGUGCAAUCACCUGGCUUAAUGCACAUUUUUACUGUUAACACUUGUAUUUUGAUUCAAACUCAAAGUUCUUUAAAAAUCAUAAGAGGGAAUCAUCUGUUAACCACUGUCAUCACUGAAACUGAAAAACAAAAAACACUUUUUUUAAUAGUAAAUCAAAUCUUGAAUGGAUUCUAGAAAGGCUCAGCGAGUUGGAGACCUGUGUUGCAGAGAUCCUGCAGAUAAGAAGGCGCCUCUGGAGGGAGGAAACACAGGAUGAACCAGCAUGGGGGGUGUUGGAUGUGGGCCGUCACAGAGAAACAAAAAAGCAGUUUCAGUCACACUGUGUUCUGAACGGCAGCUGUCAGAGACUUCAGGAGCCUGAAGAAAUAAAUCCAGAAGUUUCCUCACAGGGGCAGCUAAGCUGUGGACAACAUGAAGCAAAAGAAUCCCGGAGAUGUGAACAAGCUAAAGGAGGCGGUCCUGGGGUUUGCUUUGGGAGCGUUAGGAGGCUGCAUACUGGGAGUCACUGAAGAUCCAGUAGACCGGAUCCUCCUGGUGUUGACCGCAGAAGGUCCACUGACUCCUGUGAUGCAGGAAGUGGUGACGGUGGGUCCUCUGGGUCUCGGCACUCUCUUGGGCGCCGCAGCGCUGACGACAGCGAUGACGUCGGUUAUAGUCGGUGUGAUUCUGGCUGCAGUGGUGGCUUCAGUGUUUGUGGGCCUGAAAAACUGCGGGGCCUCCCUCACACCGUCUGCCGGAUUAUGGGUAUCUGUGGGGAUCGCCGGUGCCUUUGGAACCACAUUAAGUGGAGCUACCUUUGGGGCCACUGUUGAAUGGAUUGUAAAUAGGUACAGCAUGGUUGGACUGUUUUGGACUUUGAGCCUUUUUACAGUCCUCAAACCUCCUCUUAGCUUUCUGUUCAAGAUCCUCUGGAGUCAAGGAGAAGCAUGCUCUAGUCUGGGGUCAGAGGUCAGUUCCAGGGAAAGGGAGCAGAUUGAGAUGGCUGAGUGGCAGCAGAGACAACGGGCGGCAGUGCAGAUAGAGCAGAGGAUCCUGACUCUGGAGAAAGGAGGCGGCAUCAACGCAAUGGAUUACAGCAAAACACAAGCCUAUGAGCAAAGGGAAAGGCAGGAGCUGGAGAGGAGGAAGAUGGAGAAGGAAGAAGCUGAGAUGCAGCAGAGAACCAUCCAAGACUGGAUCAACACCGUGGUGGUCAAGCAUGUUGACUUUCUGGCUUUUUCUGGAAUACCCAUGACAGUAGUUGCCAUAGUAACUUCAGGGUUUGGCAUGUUUGGUUAUGGAGACCACCAGGCCGUGCUUAUAGCACUUUUGGCUUUAGUUGCAGUCAUCGCGUACUUUCUUCUAAGGUCCUCCAACUUCAAGUUUUGGAUGCUGGUUGGAUGUAUGGGGAUGUUAGCAACCUUUGUCAUCGCCAUGCUCACUCUGCAGGCUGGGCAGGCGGCUCUGAUGGACGCCAAGAAGAUGAGAGCAGCGGGGCGGAGCCAAAGCAGAGAGAACAUUACCAGCAGAAUAAACCUCCAGUCGUCUCUGGAAGCUCUGAAUGCAGCCUUCUUUGUGGCCAAACUGUGUCAGUUGGGUUUGGGGGCUACAGUUGGGGGGGCCCUGGUGAGGCAAGGAGCUGGGGAGGCUAAAGUCAUAGCAGGGGCAGCAUCACUGGCCGGAAGUUUACUAACGGGACAAGUAGUUUUGGCCCCAGCUCUGAGUGAGGGGGCGGGGGCUGGAGCGCUGCUGGGGGUGGUUGCUACAGCUGGGGUGUCUGUUGGGGGGGUGGUGGCUGCAGCUGGAAGGUCCUCCUCUUGGUGGGGAACUCUGGCAACAAUGGGAGGAUUGGUUUUAGGGGCUUUGGCUUUGGGAAAAUGGCACGCCGUUAAUAUUGGACUGCAGGUGCCCGUGGUUUUUGUCUUUGCGAUGAUCAAUCCAUUCUAGGAGAAGACUGCCAAGUCUGUUUCUCCUCAGAUGUUCAAUUCCUGAACUAAAACGUAAAGGAAGUGACAGCAGUCAAGAGUAGAGGGCAAGAGUUAAGGUAAUCUGACUCAUCGAGGCUCUUCAGAAGAAUAUUCAUGUAAACAAAUAGUUACUGAUGAGUAAUUUUCUUUGAGCUAUCAUCUACAUUUAUUUAUUUAUUUGAGAUUAAGGAAAAAAAUACAUCAACAAUUCUGCUCAGUAGAACAGAUUCGGGGAUUCUGAAAUGACUUUGUCAAUUAUUUCAUGAAUAUAUGUCGACAAUAUGAGAUUGACAUGAACUGAAUGGCUGAAGAAAUUUACUAUGGUUCUAUUUAAUACACACAAACGCAUACAAAAACAAAUCAUGAUGAUAUUUUAACACUUUAUAAGUAAUUGAGAAAAUUUACUUAGUAUUAUACUUUAUAUUCUAAAGCCCUUUUGCACUUAAAUCAUAUGUGUCUUAUAGGGUUGGGGUGAAAUGGUUUUGGGUUUCUUUCCCCCCCCAAUAAAUCAUAAAAUUUCCAUUUCUUGAUUUCACAAUGGAGUUUUUGGCUGUUUCCAAUUUUACUUUCUGAAGUAGUUGAAUGAAAACCAAAAAUGUAUUUUUCAGUAAAUUGGAGGUUUGCUGCAACAUUUACUUCCUGGUGAAGGAAUAUAUAUUUGUUGUCUUCAUUGUAUUACAUUUUUCUGUCUCACUGAAGUUUAGUUUUAUUAGUGUGUGUUGUUUCCGUCCUUUGAACUUUGAAGGUACAUCCUUAAGUUGCAUAUGUGAGAAGGUUUUGACUUCAGCUCCAAGCUCAUCCCCCUGCUGUAGGUCUGACAUGGACCAUAAAUUAACCAUCUCUGGAACUGAUUCAAUCUGUGGGAACCGCUUCAGGUGCCAGUUCACAUGUGGAGAACAAAGCUUUAUGACCGACUGCCUGCGGUGAAAGUUCCUGCCGCCUUUAGUGGACCACAUGGGGAGCAGAGACCAGAUGCUGUGAUUCCAAGUAUGGACUGAAGGAAGUAGGCGGCCUCCUCUGUCAGCCAAUCCGAGCGGCCAGAGGCGCUUCGGCCGCCAUCAUGCUUCCGGGGGAGGAGAUCCUGACCACAUGUUUAAAAGUCUGCACUCAAGGAAGUUCUUUUGUUCUCAGACAGCCUCUUGUAAUUCGGAAUGUAACUUCUUACGUUUUGCAGGCAUUGGAUUUGGGAACUCAGAUGAUCUGUUUUAUUUUGUUUCAGUGCUCUUUGUUAGGGACAAUAAAAAUUCUUAAUUUUAUUCCGUACGCAUUUUCUGGUCAUUCUCCCGACUUAAGAACACGCAUGGAAGAAAUCUCAAAGCGACAGAUUUUUUCCUACACUGGUUUGUGUCAGAUUUAGUCUUCAUCCAGAACUAACAGCAGGUGGCUGCAAUGUGGAAUCUGGGCUGUGAGUAGCAUUUUGUGAAUGGAGAACCA